AGGGUGGGACUUGCAGGGCAAUGAUAUUGCGAAUGCUUAACAUGUGAAUUUUGGAUGCAUCACAUCAAAAACGAAGGCAUCCUUUUAGAAACCCUAGGGAUCUUAAAAAUCCACCAUUUCCUUUCCUUUCCUUUGUCACUGCAACUCACCAUAAAUCCUAGCUGAAUUUCACCAACCCCUUCUUCGUAAAUAUGAAUGAUUCUGAUGAUGAAACUCCAUACCCUUCAAGACCCAACGCUGCCAUUUACUCUUCUUCUCUUCGAUCAAGACGCUCAAUUCGAAACCCUAGCUCUUAUCCACGAAAUAACCAUUAUGGGUAUAAUAAUGAAUUUCAAUAUAACCAUCAUGAUGAUGAUGAAGAAUCUGAUGAUGAAGAAGACAACCAAGAAUUUAGCAGUGGAGAAAAUGAGUAUGGUACUUUUCAGGGCAAAAAGAAGAGAAAGUUGGAAACUUUAGUCUCAAAUUACAAAUUUGCCCCUCGUCCGGGUUCAAAGGAAAUGUGGAGUGAAGAGGAGAGUUUUGUGUUGUUGGAAGUGUGGGGUGAGAGGUACUUGGAGCUGGGACGGAGGAGCUUACGGGCUGAAGAUUGGGGUGAAGUUGCAGAGAAGGUAACAGAAAUGAUUGGUGUUGAGAAAAGUGAAGUUGAGUGUAGGAAUCAAUUAGAUGUGCUAAAGAAGAAGUAUAAGAAGGAGAUAACAAAAAUGGAGAAAAAUGGAGGUGGGUUUCAUAGCAAGUGGGCAUUUUUCAAGAAAAUGGAUAUGUUGAUGAAUUUGAGGAUGAAAGGGCAUUGUGGAUUGGGUUGUGGGCUCGAUUCAGGGGAGUAUGUGUUUAUGGACCCACGAAUGUACUUGGAUAGGUCGAAUGUGUUGGAUGAGAUGAGAGAUAGUCCUGCAGGAUCAGAUGCGGAUGAUGAUGAAGAGGAAGAGCAGGGUUCCGGAGGAUGGCAGGGUGAUGAUGAGUCUGCUAAGUUGCUAGCGGAUUCAAUUCAAAGGUUCGGGCAGAUAUAUGAGAAGAUUGAGAAUAGUAAGAGGAAGCAGAUGAUGGAGCUGGAGAAGAUGAGAAGGGAUUUCCAAAGGGAGUUGGAGGUGCAGAAGAAACAGAUAGUUGAGAGGGCACAGGUGGAAAUUGCUAAAAUAAGGGACAAUGGAGAAAAUGAUGACGAUGAGGACAAUGAAGACGAAGAUGGUGAAGAGACUGACGAUAUUUCCGGUGAGAAGCUUAGGGGCUGAUGCAGCUUUUUGCAGGAUGAAAGAUUAUUACUUAGAGCUAAAUCACUGGAAGAUUUUAUGAGGAACAUUCCCGUUGGAAGCACUCAAUGACUGGAAUAUCAAGUUAUUCUGCAAAUAUUUGUUUUCCUUUGUACUAAGCAUGUGGAAAAUAACCAAUUUUCCUGUUAUGUUGAGAUUACGAGGUUACUUCAUCCUUAUAGAUAAUUUCAUAAAUUUGCUCUUACUAUCAGCAUAUUCCAUGAUACUGCCUAGUGCCUAGUGUAGGUGAAAUCUUGAAGGUCAUUUUCCCCUUGUUUAUAAAGAGGAGCACUUUUGUGUUUUGAGAAACAUUGCUUUGUCUUCACUUG